GAAAAAAAAUACCACACGUUUCCUUCUUCGAGAAACUAAAUCACAGAGAAGAGAUUCAGAUAUCCAUUCUGUGAAGAUUCUAGUUUCUCCACCUUUUUCUCUCAUCUCAUCGGUGGAAUCUUUAAUCAACAGUUAAUUACAGCCCCAGGUUCUUCGCUACCUCUCCUUUCCUCUCUCUGUAUAUAGAAUAUAUAGAUACAAGUUUCUAUUUAUAUGCAGUUUUUACUCAAUUUAUAGGCUCUAAUUUGUGUUAUUUUUGGCGGGGCUUUGCUGUAUAUAUUGUAUUACUUCUGGGUUUUGUGUUUUUUAUAGGUUUAAUAGCUGUUUAUAUUACUUAUUUGGGGGUUUAGAUUGCUGGGUUUAAUGGAUUAUGCUUAGUUUGGCUUUGAAGAGGAUUAACCUGGGGUUUUUGUUGUUAGAAGGCUAUUUUAUUCUUUCCGUUUAGUCUUUACCGAGAAUAUUUGAAACCAAUAAAACUCUCUUUGGUAUUUCAAUUUGACGUUGGUUGCACUGGUAUAAUUGUACGUUAGGUAGGGCUUAUUAGAGAUCGAAAUUAAAGAAGGGUGGGUUAAAUUGUGCUCAAACCUGUAAGAAGUGAAAAGGGUCCUCAGAAUUGGGUCUAUUGAGCUAGAGUUGUGGUUUGUUUUGGUUGUGCUAUAUAUAUUGUUGCAAACAUGGUGGACUCGAUUGCAGCUACAUCUCUUGUUGGGUAUAGGCCUAUGUGUAGAGGAUUAUCCGACACAGGUACCUCCUACAGAAGGAAAUCUUCAAGUAACUGUCGCAUCUCAGGAUCACAAUUUCUUGGUAGAAGGAUUUUUUGUUUAUCUCCGAGAUUGAAAGUUCGUACGUUAGCAAAUACAUCAAUUAAUGCCCUUGCAAUGGAAUUAACCAAAGAGGCAUAUUCGUAUAGAGAGGAGGAGAGAAUACCACGUACGUGGAGUUACAGGCCUGAUGACAGUGUUGAUCGAAAACCAGGUUUAUGGCCACCAGAAAAUAGAGCAGAUAACCCUUCAUUACAUAACCCCUUGCUUCGACAAGAAAGAAUGGGUUGUGGCUGGUUAGGUGCCAUAUUUGAGUGGGAGGGAGUAAUAAUCGAGGAUAAUCCUGAUCUUGAGAAGCAAGCCUGGCUUGCUCUUUCUCAAGAAGAAGGAAAAUCGGCUCCUCCAGCUUUCAUUUUAAGACGAAUAGAGGGGAUGAAGAAUGAGCAAGCAAUUUCUGAAGUUCUAUGUUGGUCAAGAGAUCCAUCAGAAAUGAGAAGAAUGGCUGCUAGGAAGGAAGAAAUUUACCAAGCUUUGCAAGGUGGAAUAUAUAGGUUACGUUCUGGCUCAAGAGAGUUUGUGAAUGUUUUGAUGCAUUACAAGAUACCAAUGGCAUUGAUAUCUACGCGUCCAAGGAAAACUCUUGAGACUGCAAUUGGAAGCAUUGGGAUAGAAGGGUAUUUCAGUGCUAUUGUAGCAGCAGAAGAUGUUCACAGGGGGAAGCCUGACCCAGAGAUGUUUGUUUAUGCGGCACAGCUUCUAAAAUUUAUUCCAGAACGUUGUAUUGUGUUUGGGAACUCUAAUCAGACUGUGGAGGCUGCUCAUGAUGUUCGGAUGAAAUGUGUAGCUGUUGCUAGCAAGCAUCCGGUGUAUGAGCUCAGUGCUGCAGACUUGGUGGUGAGACACCUAAAUGAGCUUUCAAUUGUUGAUCUGAAGAACCUUGCUGAUAUUGAAUCACCAGAAUUCGGAUCUCUUGAACCGGAGAUGGAGCUGGAGGAGGAAGAGGAGGAUCGAUCAACCUCGGUGGGAGUUGAUGAUAUUUUCUGGUGAUCCCUAUGAAUUGUACAGAUUGCUUUUCAGUUUAUAUCAGAUUCUUGUUGACAGUAGUCCCUAUUAUAUCUUUGUAACAUCAUUGCUUAGAAACCCUUGUGCUUAAGGGGAAAACAUGGUUAAAGAACUGUGAAAAAAGAAAAAAAAAAGGAAAGAAAAAACAGGGCAAACAAUUAAAGGAAGGCAAUCUGCAUUGGACUGCCUUAAUAUCUUCAUAUAUGUAUUAUCUGUACCAUAUAUAUUAUAUAUAUAUAUUAUUGACCUUCCAUAA